UUCUCGGGGAACAAACACACAAUACUCUUUUGUUGCUUUCUGCUUAAUGGAAGGCCCUUAAACUCUCUCUCUCUCUCUCUGCGGUUCCUGCAAAUUUUUUCUUUCGCCCAGACAGCAAAUUAAUCAGCCUCACGAUCCUCGGCUUUGAUCUGCGAGACCUUGUAGGCAAUAAAAUCUUUUAAUUAUAUUGUUUCAAGUUUCAACCUGAACUCAUUGAGAUAUUCGAAGGCCAAUGUCACCACCACUGCUCAAUCCUGAAGAGGAGGCUCUUGGCAAUGUCCCUGUAGUGGCUGCUUCACCUUCUAUGGACUGUCUAUCCCAAAAUGGUACCAAAUUUAGAGAGCGCAACUACCUUCGGCUAUCACCCUGUUCUUCAGUGGACAGCUCUGCUGUGUCAAACUUGUCAGAGGAGAACAAAAGCAAUCUCAAUUUAAAAGCUACAGAAUUGAGACUUGGUCUUCCUGGAUCUCUGUCACCUGAACGAGAACAGGAAUUUAGCUUGAUGAGCUCUGGAAAACCUGAUGAGAAACCCCUAUUUCAAUUGCUUCAUUCAAAGGAUGGGUAUUGUGUUGCAUCACAGAAGAAUAUUGUUUCUGGCAACAAAAGAGGUUUCUCUGAUACCAUGGAGGGGUACUCAGAGGUGAAAGGUCCCCUUUAUGCUGAAAGAAAUUGGAUGUUUCAUGCAGCUAAUUCUGAUUCUGACUCUCCAUAUCCUGUGGGCCAAGGGAAGUUUCCUGCUAAUUCAGGGCUAAGUGUAAUGCUAUCGUCAAGGCCUUCCGGAACUCAGCUGAAUGCGACUCAAGAAUUGCCCUCAAAGGGAUUGCAGGAAUGGCCUUGUGAGACUAAAGGAACUGGCCAUAGCCAGAAAGGUGCCUCUAAUGACCACAACAAUGCUCCAGCUUCAAAGGCGCAGGUUGUUGGUUGGCCGCCUAUUAAAUCAUUCCGGAAGAAUUCCUUGGUCACUAAUGCUAAAAACAAUGAUGAGGUUGAUGGAAAGCCAGGUUCAGGUGCCCUCUUUGUCAAGGUGAGCAUGGAGGGCGCUCCAUAUUUGAGGAAAGUAGAUCUGAGAACUUACUCUACGUAUCAGGAAUUAUCUUCUGCUCUUGAGAAGAUGUUUAGCUGUUUUACUAUAGGUCAAUGUGGAUCCCAUGGAGCUCCAGGGAGAGAGAUACUGAGUGAGAGCAAGUUGAGGGAUCAUUUGCAUGGAUCCGAAUAUGUGCUUACAUAUGAGGAUAGGGAUGGUGACUGGAUGCUUGUUGGGGAAAUCCCCUGGGAGAUGUUCAUUGAUUCGUGCAAGAGGCUGAAAAUCAUGAAGGGCUCUGAUGCAAUUGGCUUAGCCCCAAGAGCAAUGGAGAAAUCCAAAAACAGGGUUUAGCUAUUGCUGAAAUGACGACUCCUCGACCAAGUUCAAAGUGGUGGUGCAAACGAAAGGAAGGCGUGAAAGUUAAAAGAAGUUAGAAAAUGACUGGAAUAUCUGUGCUGCGCUGGAUGGCAUUUGCGGUUCAGAUGCGUACCUUGUCCUUUUUCAUGUUUUGACUACUUGAAAAUUGUCUUCUUUGAUCUAUUUUUUGUCUUUUGCCUUUAUUAUUGUAAAACAUAAAUCUAGUCAUUAAGAUAAUUGGUGUUUGUGGAUCUUAUAAUCUAUCUAUGAAUCUUACCGUUCAGAUAA